UGGAUAUAAGAGGUGGAGCGUUUGUUCCAGUUAUGAUGUGCGGUUGCGCAACAAGUAACAUAAAGUCCAUAAAUUAGAGCCCAAAGUUCAAUCUUUAAACUGGAAUGGAGCUUGUAUUUAAUCUGGCAAGGAAAUAAAGGAAUAAAACUAUUCCCAGAUAUUGAUUCCAAUGACUAAAGAUGCAGUCAAUUAAAUGUGUAGUGCUAGGAGACAUUGCAGCUCAAAAAACAUCCUUAUUGGUCACAUACACAACAAACCGCUAUCCCUCAGAAUAUGUGCCAAAAGUGUUUGACAACCAGACAGUUAGAGUUAUGAUUGGAGAACAGUCCUUCUUUCUUCAGCUAUAUGACACAACAGGUCAGGAAAAUUGUGAUCAACUGCUUCCUCUCAUCUAUACAAAAACAGACGUGUUUCUUGUAUGUUUCUCCGUCGUCGUACCAACAUCUUUUGAAACAGUUCAAACAAAGUGGGUUCCUGAGAUUUCUCUCCACUGUCCUCACACACCUUUCCUGUUAGUAGGCACCCAAACAGACCUGCGAGAAGACAGAACCACUGUUAAGAAUCUGGAGAAGAACAAACAACAACCCAUUUAUCCAGAGGAUGGUAAGAAGCUGGCUCAAGAAGUUGGAGCUGUCAAAUAUGUAGAGUGCUCCAUGGUCAAACAGGAAGGUGUUAAAAUGGUUUUUGAGCAGGCCAUACUAGCAGCCUUAGAACCCCCUAAAGUUAAAACGAAGGGUUUCUGUAUUCCUAUUUGAAGCAAGGCCAAAGAUCUGAGAUGUAAUUUAUUAUAAAUUUGAUGGAUAUACAAAAUUGAAAGAAGUUAUGAAACUCCUUCUAAUUCCUUUCCACUUUAGAAGGACAAAUAUAUGACUUUGUUUUUUCUGUUUGCAGCUACAGUAUGAAUAUGCUAUAAUUUAAGGCACCCAUUCUAAAUGUGUCUGAUUAAAAUGUACUGUUGUUAAACCAGUUAACAUCAAUAAUUUCUACUCAUUGAUUCUAUUCAGUUCAUUUAUAUAGCACCAAUUCACAACACAUGUCAUCUUAAGGCACUUUAGAGACAAUUCAAUCAGAUCAUACAGUCAGAUUGGUUCAAAGUUUUCUAAGGCAAACCAGCUGCCAGCAUCUACUCAUUGACUCGAAAGCAGAUCCUACAACAUGUUUGUAGCGACAGUGGAGAGGAAAACACCCCUAACAUUAUGACAGUCCUGCUGUGAGGCAAGUGGACAGUAAUUGUUUAUCAAUGCAGGUCCUUGAUUUUGUAAGGUUCUUUUGAUUACAUGGCCACCUGGAUGGUAUUUAAGCAGUGCCCUUCACCCACAGUGCAUGUCACCGUGGUAGCAGGUGUCAUUGAAGUGCCAGGUGUGUCCGAGGCUCAGGGCACCAGUGGCUCUAGAGACGACUAGAGAGGACCAGCGUUGAUCCAGGGGACCUGCCAGAGCUAGGACCACAACACAGUCCUGGGUUCAGUCGGGUCCAGACGUCCGGAAUCGAUCGGCAAGAAUCAAGCUGAGAGAGGACCAGACAGAUGGAGCACUUGCUGGAAGCACAUCUUGGGCUGCGUGACGCUCAGUCAUGACUCUGAAGGGCUAAAAACAUCCCUGUUUUUGUUGCAGCCAUGUGAGCCGGGCCGUGACAAACAGGAAGAAACCUCCAGCAGAAUCAGGCUCAGUGUGAGCGGCCAUGCCAAGGCCGACUUGGGUUCAAAGAGACAGACCCCUAACUCACUCUUCUGUGAACAUCCAGGAGCAGGACAUAGAGACUGUGGAUAGUUUCACAUACCUGGAUGUCCACGUCAAUAAUAAAAUGAAUUGGACUCAUAACAAUGACACCCUGUACAAUAAGUUGUGCUACCGCAGGUCAUUAAUCCCUGCUGCCAUUAGACUCUACAAUGUGACAGUACAACGGCAAUAACUUGUGCAAUAUCUAAUGUGCAAUUACUAUAUAUUAUCUGUGUGUGGACGCAUGCACGUUUCACUCCUUUUGGCACCUUCAUGUUCUUUUUGACUAUUGAGCCGAUGUAACCGGUAUAUUUCACCACUGUGAGAUCAAUAAAGUCAAUUAAUUGAUCCAUCCAUCAAUCAAUCAGAGGCACACAUAGAGAAAGAUGCAGAGAUACAGAAGGUGACUGUCAACCAGCAUCACAGGCGGCCCUGUCCAGGCAACACACAGC